AUGGCAUAUGAUAUUUACGAAGAUGUUGACGACACAACCAUACCUGCAAGUGAAGUAAAGUCAGGUGAACCGAAAAGUGACGAAAGACCGAUAGAAGAAGGGGAGCCAAAAACUGAAGAUAAACCAAAACCAAAGUUUAGUUUCCAAACUAAACCAAGUCAACCUUCAUUAGCUGGUAUGGGUUGGCGUCAAAGGCUUAUGGUAGCUGGUGGUUAUGUUAAGUAA